GGCUGGCCGAAUCGGCACAGUCUUCUCAAACAUUCUGCCGAGUUUCGUUUCCCCAAGUGCUCAAAGCUCAAAGAAUCGGAAAAUAUGAAUCUAUUUGUAGUUUUGGUGGUUGUUUCAAUGUUUUCAAAUCUUAUUCAGGCAGCGCCAAGCGUGGAUAUUUCCAACGAUGAGUUAAUGGAUGGAAAAUAUUUAUGCGAAGCUGGCUCAAAAAAAUAUGAAGGACCAUUUAUUGUCAGAUUAAUUUCUGCUGCGAAUGGACAAACCGUCGUCUGCUACGAGUGCAGUCAGUCGGAUUACAAAUCAAAGUUUAACAUUAAACCGUGCGCGGAUCGAUUUAUGCCUGGGAAGAUCGUCAGCAACCAUCACCGCGAGAUAGUUCCAUACCUCGUCCGCAUGGAUCCGAUGUACAACAAGGACACCUGGAGCAGUAAGCUCAAGAGGAACUUUGAUGAGAUCGAUAAGGCAUCGGCCAGCUUCAGCAUAUUAAAUCAGCUUGUCUAGUGACUCGUCGACUGAACAGUUGUAAAUUCUCACGGACUCCGACUCCGACCGACUCACGGAUAUACUCUUCUUUAAAUGCUUCAUGUCAAGGGAUUAUAGAUAAUAAACAAAGUGCAUCCUCAUACCUAUAACGAAUAAAACGACUAUGAUUGUUA